AUGGGGAAGACGAAGGGGAAGCAGCGACAGGAUAAGUUCUACCACCUCGCCAAGAAGCAGAGCUACCAGAGUCGCGCGGCCUUCAAGCUGCUCCAGCUCGACGCGUGGUUCCGCUUCCUGCCGACGGCGCGCACGGUGCUCGACCUCUGCGCGGCGCCCGGGGGAUGGGUCCAGGUGGCCGUCAACCACGUGCCUGUGGGGGCCUUCGUCGUCGGCGUCGACCUCGUCCCCAUCCGCGGCGCGCACUCUCUGACGGAGGACAUCACCACCACCAAGUGUCGCGCCGCAGUGCGGAGGCUCAUGGACUCCAACGGCGUCGUCGUGUUCGACGUCGUGCUCCACGACGGGUCACCCAACGUUGGUGGCGCGUGGGUGCAGGAGGCCACCGUGCAAUCGUCGCUCAUCCACAACAGCCUACCGCCGUGUCGCCUCGUGCUCCCGCCGUCGCAUCGGUGCAGCCCACCUCCGCAGCGCUAG